CACACGCACACACACACACACACACAAACAGACGGUAUCACGUGGGCCUUUACGCACCAUCACCAUCUCUACCACGUAUUAACUCAAUAACCAUGUCCGCCCCGGGUGCAGAGGGUUCAGCAGGAAUGUCGGGGAGUAACCGCAGAAUGCAGCAGACGCAGGCGCAGGUGGAUGAGGUGGUGGACAUCAUGCGGGUGAAUGUUGAUAAGGUCCUAGAACGCGACCAGAAGCUCUCAGACCUAGACGACCGUGCCGAUGCCCUGCAGGCUGGUGCUUCUCAGUUUGAGACCAGCGCUGCCAAACUAAAGAGAAAAUACUGGUGGAAGAACUUCAAGAUGUGGGCCAUUUUGAUAGCAGUGAUUUUGAUCAUCAUUGUCAUCAUUAUCAUCUGGACACAGUCAUAAAGCUGCAGGAAUACAGAGAGAAAACUGCUUGUGACUGGAAGGACAACGAGAAUGUGAAGGAGCACCAACAUUAGAAAGAGAGAGAGUGAGAUGGAUGUUCUUCCAAGGUGUUCUAACCUGCUGAUUUUCAGGAGCAUAUUUUGUAAACUGUAUUCAAUGGGUUUUUUUCUCUUUUGUUUUUAAUGACUAUGAUAUGAAUGUGUUACAUAAUGCCUAACUGUUUUCUAAAUACAUUUAAUGUUUUAACACACACUUCACUGUUGUUCACACAGAUCAAUGACUACAGUAUGAAAGUAAACGAAAUGAUCCAAAACUUUUUCAAAUCACAACACUCAUACUUCAUUCUAAUAUAUGCAACAUUUUGCUUAUAUUUUAAGGCCAAAUCACAUUUCAGAACUUGUGGCUGUGUGCGGAGACAACACUAAGUUCCAACAAGACAGCCUUUUUGAACAACCACAGAAGUGCCUUAAGACAACACCACCAGAGUAACCUGACUUUACUCUGAUUUAACUGAUAGCAUUUGUACAAAAAUCAGAUUUGUGACCAUAUGUAAUUAAAUGUUUUGACAUAAUUUACUAAUAAUGUAUGUAGAAAUACAAAUCUUUGCAGUUCCUCUUGCUCACAGUGCCAAAACAUGUUUAUCUGAGCUUUUUUGUAUGUAUCUCACGUGUGUACAUUGUAAACAAGAGCAAUUAUAUACUGUGGACUUGCAAAACUGUUAAGCCUUUUGAAUUGCCAAAUUUGGCUUAAUAAAAUAUAAAUUCAACAUC